CUUCCUCAGGAGCAUCCUUCUCCUGCCUCCACUGCAGCGGCCCCCUGACCUCCCGCCGAGAUGUCCUGCCAGCAGAACCAGCAGCAGUGCCAGCCCCCUCCCAAGUGCCCCUCCCCCAAGUGCCCCCCAAAGAGCCCAGCACAGUGUCUGCCUCCAGCCUCCUCAGGUUGUGCCUCCACCUCUGAAGGCGGCUGCUGCCUGGGCCCCCACAGGCGCCGCAGGUCCCACCGCUGCCGGCGCCAGAGCUCCGACUCCUGCGAUGGUGAUGGUGGUCUGCAGUCUGGGCGCUCUGGCUGUGGACAGGGAUCUGGAGGCUGCUGCUGACCUGGCCCCUUGAUGCUGAGACAUGCGAUUUCAGAGGAAACAAGAAUCCAAAGACUUUGUCAGCCUAGUGUGUUCCCUCCCAAUACCCCAGUCUCCGAGCCCUUGGCCAGUGCUGAGAUGCUCCUGAAGAGAGGCUGAGCCCUCCACAGUGGCUCUUGCUAUCCACUCUCCACGGGGGUUUCCAGCUCAUCUCUGCAGGAAAUUAUAGUAUCUGCCCCCUUGAUUGUCAUCACCCCUGUCUGACCCUAUGAAAGAAUAAAGUUUUUGUUUCC